AUGUCUGAUCGCAGCGAGUCCCCGGAAUCGGACGGCGACACCGGCUCCUCCCACCGCGCCGACAACCCCCCCGCCCGCAAGCGACAGCGCGUCCGUCUCAGCUGCCUCGAGUGUCGACGCCGCAAGCUAUCGUGCGAUCGCGGCUUCCCGUGCGAGCGGUGCAUCAAGAGCGGCACGCCGGACCGGUGCUCCUACGAGUCCCGCACCGGCGAGGUCGUCAACGCCUCGGCCGGCGUGCCUCCUCAGUUUGCUCAGCUCGACUCCCGCCGCUUCGGCCUGGCCGACGCCGUCGCCGGCUUCGGCCCGCGUGACCCGGACGUCCUCCGCCAGGACCACGACCGCAUCCGCCGCCUCGAGCUCGAGAUCGCCCAGCUCAAGACUCAGCUCCUCCGACCCGGCGCCUCGGCCUCAUUCGAUGGCAGCACCGUCGCGGGGACAAACUCCCCCGCCACCCAAAAGGACGAGACCUCGCCCCAUGCCGCAGCCGUCGCCGGUGCGCACAACGCAGACCCCAAUGCGCCCCGGCCUGAGGUCCAGGAGUGCAUCGACGCCACCAACGCGUCGGACGAAAAGGUUGAGCUCCGCUUCUUCCGCGGCAAGGGCUUCCGCACCCGCUACUUUGGCCCGCACAAUGCCAGCAUGGCCUUUGUUGAGCUGACCGGCCUCUGCCCCUUCAUGCGCGAGACCGCUGACGAGUGGCUCCGCCCCGUCAUCAUCCAUGACCGCAAGGAUCGCAAGCGGCGCCAGGAGGAGCGUGAGCUCAUGUUUGAUCAGCCCGACCCCGAGCUCGAGGCGCUGCUGCCCAGCAAGGAAGAGGCCGACGCGCUCGUCAGCAUCUAUCUCGACCAAUUCGAACAAAUUCACCGAAUUGUGCACAUCCCAACCUUCAAGAAGGAGUACGAAGCCUACUGGACGCCUGGUGCCAACAAGCGCUAUGCCGCCUUCACUGCCAUGCUCCUGGCCAUGAUGGCCGUCACCACCACAGUCCAUACUCACGAGAGCCUCAAGUUCGUGGGCAUGAUGUCCAGCGCCCGCCACUGUGCCGAGAAGUGGAUCAAGGCCGCCGACGACUGGCACAGCAAUCAGAGCCAGAAGCACCGGCGCCUCAUCCACUACCAAGUAGCCUGCUUGCUGUAUCUGGCGAAGCGUGUCAAUACGUACAAGAAGAAGCGUUUCUGGACCAGCUCGGGCGCCCUGAUCCAGAACGGCAUCGCCGUCGGUCUUCACCGCGAGCCGAGCCACAUGGCCAACAAGAUUACGAUCUACAACCAGGAGAUGCGCCGCAGAAUCUGGACCACGAUACAGGAGUUCGACAUGCAGGCAUCUUUCGAUCACGGCCUGCCCACGCUGCUGAGCCAGCUGCACUACGACACCAGCCCUCCUCGCAACCUCGAUGAUGAAGACUUUGGCGAGAACACGACGGAGCUGCCGCCCUCCAAGCCUGCCAAGGAUUAUACAUUCUCAUCCUUCCAGAACUUGGCCCGAUCUAGUCUACCACUGCGCCUAGAGCUCAGCCGUCUACUGACGGGCCCAACGUCUGACAUCGAUUACGACCAAGUGAUUCGUUACACGAAUGACUUGACACAGGAGAUUGACGCCCUGCCCUCCUGGGAUACCAACGUGGAUCCAACCAAGAGCAAGAAGAACCCCCUCAUCGCAUACACCCUACUACACGUGCAGCUACGGCAGUACAUCAUCCCCCUACAUCAACCAUACCUGAAGCUGCGCAAGCAAAACUCCAAGUACCAGUACUCGGAGAUUAUCUACUACAACGCCGCGCGAGACAUUGUCUUGCUGCACGAUAAGCUCUACGAGCAAGGCAUCCGCGCGCUCAACUUCCUGCGCGAGGACGCGCUGACGACGGCCAUCAACCUGUGCAGCGUGACGAUGCUGCAGCCGAAGGGGUCGACCAACAUGAUCAUGAUCAACUCGCACCACACGCUCAAGCUCAUCGAAAAGUGCCUCAACAUGAAGGAGGACCGGCUUCUGCGCUGCGGCAACAACGAGCCGUGGGGUUACUCCAUCAUGUGCGCGGCGCUGGGCCUGCUCGAGGCGCACCUGGGCACCAAGCCCUCCGAGGUGGCCAAGUCGUCGUCGGCCGAGCGCUUCGUCAACCUGCACUACCGCCUGCUCGCCAACCAGGAGCCGCCAACGUCAUCGAGCCAGCUCGCCGAGGUCGGCAUGGCCAUGCCCCCGCCCAUGCACCCGGCGCCGCCGAGCGCCAACGGGUUGCCGCUCGACGUCCCGGACAGACCAAAGGUAUGCGGAACAGGAGAGGCGUCUACGCUGCUCCCGACUACUACUACCCGUGCUAACCCGCUUCCCACUAUCCAGUCUGCUACGCCAUUUGCCUUUACGCCAUCCAUGCCAUCCGCGCCGCUGGACCCUACCGCCGCGCCGUGGCUCAUGAACAACGGUGAUGCCACGCAGCCCUUCAACCUCGACCCGAGCCUAGAGCUGCUAGGCAUCAAUCUGAAUGAGCUAUGGGGUGAGUCUUGGGAGCUCGGCUGA